AUGCCAAACCUGCCAACAGCCCAAGAAUGGCUCACUCAAUCAACGCUCCUCCUCCAAGCUAGACCUUCAACUACACGCAUAACAACAAAAUACAGCCACCCCCGCCGACCCAAUCCCCUCUCCAAACCCAAACCCACCCCCUCAACAACCACCCCCUCCGAUCCCACCACCGCUCCCUCAAAAACACCAACCUCAACCCUCACCCUAAAAACCUACGACCCAAUCUCCGGCGCAACACUCAAAUACACAACCGACAAAGCGCAAGAAGUAGGGCGGCUGAUACAGAUCCUGGGGCGACUGGCCAGGGGCAUGGCGGGUUUGGAGAUGAAAGAGGAGGAGGUGGUUGUGAAGAAGGAGGAAGGAGUGGAGGAGGUGGGGACGCCGGGUGGAGAGGUGGAUAGACAGAUCGGAGGUGCGAAGGGGCCAGCGGGAGGAGGGGGAGGUGGGAAGAAGAAGAAGGGGAAGGGGAAGAAGUGA